AUGGCGGAUUCUCAGUUCAAAGUCCGCACGAUGAAGCGGAAGAACGUCAAGGGCCUGGCGCUGAAUGCGCCCCAGCCGCGCGCCGCGCAGUCUGGCGCCGACGCACAGCUGCCUGGAUCGCGCCGCGACGACGACAGGGCCGCCGGCCAGCUGGAGAUUGGCGUCGAGUUCAGGCUGGACCUCAGAGCGGAGGACCUCAUCGUGAUAAGAGAGCUCGGCCAUGGCAACGGAGGCACCGUCAGCAAGGUCCAGCAUGCUGCUACAAAGGCCAUCAUGGCCCGCAAGAUUAUCCACGUCGAGGCGAAGAACGAAGUCCGCAAGCGGAUAGUGCGCGAGCUGCGCAUCAUGCACGACUGCGCCUGCCCGUACAUUGUAUCGUUCUACGGCGCCUUCCAGAAUGAGUCGGGUGAUGUUGUGAUGUGCAUGGAGUAUAUGGACUGCGGCUCGCUCGACGGCAUCUCGAAGAACUUUGGCCCCGUCCGCGUCGAUGUACUGGGAAAGAUCGCAGAAGCAGUUCUUGGCGGCCUCUCGUACCUGUACAAGCAGCACCGGAUCAUGCACCGCGAUAUGAAGCCGUCCAACAUCCUGGUCAAUUCUCGGGGACAAAUCAAGAUUUGUGACUUUGGUGUUUCGAGCGAGCUGGAGGGCUCGGUCGCGGAGACAUUCGUCGGAACCGGCACCUACAUGGCCCCGGAGAGGAUCCAGGGCGCAAAAUACACAGUCAAGUCGGAUGUCUGGAGUGUGGGAUUGACCCUGAUGGAGCUUGCCAUUGGCAAAUUCCCCUUCAACAGCGACGCGGACGACGAAACCGGUGGACCGCAGGGCAUUCUGGACCUCUUGCAGCAGAUUGUGCUCGAGCCCGCCCCCAAGCUUCCCAAGAGCGAUGCUUUCCCGUCGAUUCUGGAGGAGAUGAUCGCGCGCUGUCUGAUGAAGAAUCCGGAUGAGCGGCCAACGCCUUGGGAUCUAUAUGAAACGGACCCCUUCCUCCUUGCUGCUAAGCGUACUCCGGUGGACCUCGAGGCGUGGGCGCCCAACGCCGUCUUCUGCUUCCAAUGGCCGUCACACUCCCACCUCGAGCCAUACCCCACGCUCUAG